AUGGAAGCCCAAAGUACCGCCACCAAAAGGCACAAUGCCUAUGCAACCCUCAUCACUCGCGACUCGUAUCUGCCAGGCGUCAUCAUUCUCGCAUAUACCCUGCAGCGCAACAACUCAGCUUACCCACUCGUUGUCUGCUACACACCCAACCUCCCCAAGGAUGCCCGCAGGGUUCUGGAGCUGGAGGCCCCCAAAUGCAACAUGGUUCUGUGCGAGUGCGACUACCUUCUUCCACCCAAGAACAUCAAGAUGACACUCAUUGCAGAGCGCUUCGCCGAUACGUGGACCAAGCUGCGCGUCUUUGAGCUUUUCGAGUACGAUGCCGUUUGUUAUCUGGAUGCUGACAUGGCUAUCCUUGAAAACAUGGAUGUCAUGUUCCAAUGCGAAGAACAGUUGCCCGACGAUUGGAUCGCUGCGAAUCACGUCUGCGUGUGUAACCUUGAUUCUGAUUCGUGGGCACCUGAGGACUGGAAGGCUGAGAACUGUGCCUACACACCACUUUCACAUCCCACAGCACUCAAGGAGCCCCUGCAGCCAACCGAGUCGUCCCCCGCGCCGCACAAGUUGCUCAACGGCGGCAUGUUCAUCUUUCACCCUUCGAAAGACCUUUGGGAUCGCAUGUUGGAUGUGUUCAACACAACCCCUCUUCUCGCAGACUUCAUGUUUCCCGACCAAGACUUUCUUGCCUUCUUCUUUGAGAACAAAUGGUAUGCCCUGGGGUGGCAGUACAACGCCAUCAAGACAAUGCGAUACUGGCAUCCAAACAUCUGGAGAGACGAAGAGGUCGUUUGUCUCCACUACAUUGUUGACAAGCCCUGGGCGAAACGGGUCGGACUAGAUGGCGUGGCUGGGUACAAGGGUCUCGAUGGAGUGACACAUUGCUGGUGGUGGCAGCUUUACCAGUACUGGGAGGACGAGAGGACAUCCGAUGGAAAGGGAGGUAAUGAAGCGAUAUCUCUGCUGCAGAAGCUUAUUGCGCCCGCGUAUACCAGGGAAAGUGAUGUUGGAUAUAUGCGGGUUGCUUUGCCUGUAAGGGCUUGA